GCGUCCAGAUGCAUCUUUUGGCGGAAGCGCGCUUUUGUGUGUCAGCAGCCGCUUGGGCUCUGCCCGAUUCGUUCCUUCUUUUUUCGCGCCGCGUCGCCGUUUUCCUCAUGAUGCUUUCUCAUGCCGCUGCGGGCGCGGCGGUGCUUCGAGCUGGCCCUCAGCAGCACGUCGCUGCUGGGGCAAAGCCCGUCCUCGUUCUGCGAGCAGGUGGUCCGCGCCACGGGCGGACGUCUCGGGCCUCCAGGACCAUGCCGGCCUUCUUUGCCGCAGCUACGUGGGCAUCUUGGCGCUCCCAGAAGCGCCACCGGGCAAAGGCGGUGCAGCGUGGUGCAAUCACAGACGAGACUGAUCUGAGCGUCUCGAGCUUGCUGCAGAAGUACGACACGGACAUCAAGGCGAUACGAAGGGCGUGCAUGGAGCUCCUCGAGGAUCGCGAUGACACAUAUGUGCUGCGCUUUGCUAUCGAGCACAAGGGUGACAUCGCCGCUGCAAUCAGGAAUGUUCAGAAAGUGAACUCUUGGCGCAGGCGCGAGGGCAGGCAAAUCGUAGCGGCAGCUGCCAAGGCAGUGGCCGCAGCACAGGAGGGAGGCGGCUGGAACAACGCUCCCGUUCUCGAGGCAGCGCCGCACUCAGAGCUGAUUUCGAAAUAUAUCACUGGCUCACAGAUCGUCAUCGUAAGCAUGCCAAGCGGCGACCUGUGUUCUUGUAUCCGUGCCUCGGCCAUCGACGACCAGAAAUUGAUGGACAGCGUCACAGUCGAGCAGAUGAUAGAUUUCUUCCUCUUUGCCCGCGAGGUGAACUUCCUUGUUGCUGAGCAGAGGACUCGUCGGCAGGGCCGCCUCGUCCAGCUUAUCGCAGCGAACGACCUGACGGCUGUGAGCAAGCUUCCGGACGAUCGGUUCCAGCAGGCGCUCACCAAGUCAUCCGAGCAGGCAACUACUCUGUAUCCAGGUUUCGCGGGCCCCACUGCGAUUCUCAACAUCCCAGACGUCGCGAGGUUUAUCCUGCAGUUUCUCACUCCGCUCUUCCCUGGGGCCGUCCAGCAGAGGCUGAAGUUUGCCAGUGGUCCCAUGGCUUACAUCCGUGACCUCAGUGACAUACUGCAGGAGCCGACGCGGAGCACGUUUGUGAAAGAUCUUCAGGCCACCUUGGAGCUCUGAGCGCUCGCCGAGCAGGCCAUUCAUGUGGGGUCUAGUGGUUCCGAUCGCCCAUUCCAUUUGAAGGGGGGCGCAUGCAUUUUCUCUGGCUGGGCCGUCAGGGAAUGCCCGCGGAUGGGCCUGAAUGUGGCACUGUUCGCGCAGCCCUUCUCAUCCCAACUCUCAGCAUCCUUACCAUUUUCGCCAGACUGAGCGUCAGUGAAAAAGGCAGCUCUCAUUUCCAAGCUCGUUGCGUUUCCACCAGCAGCACCAUUGAUAUGGUAUGUCCGAUGUCAUCCUCGUGGGCCUCGUCGUCGCCAUGUUGGCACCGUAUUUGAUCGUAGGCACCAUCGCACUGCUAUGACUAUCUAGUGGCCUUCGGCCC